AUGGAGGAUUUCAGUGAUGACUUGAACGUCACAGUCUCGAAGGGACUAAACGGACGAAAAGACAUAUUUAGAAGAAGAAAACGCGCCAUUGAUAUUUCGUACGUUGAUAAUCUACCGUCGGCCGACAACACUAAAGAAGUAGGUACACAUUCCUCCAAUGUUAAGUCCUGGGACAUUAGUGCAGUGUUGUCGGGAUGUUUACUCGUCACUACUGUCAUUACCCUGGUUUUCUUUGUGGUGUUUAGGAAGAGAAUGGACUAUCGAAUGUAUCGAAUAAGGCGACGUCUUGAACGGCGAAAGCGUCCCCGUCCGGGAGAACAGUCCUUAUUGGAGGAAAAACACUAUGACGUAUAUUUGUCGUAUGCAGAAAGUGACUAUCCAUGGGUGUUGAACCAUUUACUUCCGCAUAUUGACAGCGGAGAGUUUGAUGAAAACAAGGCUUUUGAAGGCAAAUUUAAAACGUAUUUCAGUGACAGAGACGCACAACCAGGAAAACGCGAACUGGAAAUUGUGUGCGAUAACAUUGAACAGAGUAGAAAAAGUAUAGUAGUUUUAUCCGGAAACUACAAACAGAAGCCAUUACACACGCUAGAAUUGGAAUAUAUGUUGAUGUGCAAAGAAAAUUUGGUCAUUCAGGAAAUCAUCCUUGUUAUGACGGAAGAAUUGAACUUCGAACAAAUUCCCGAAGUUCUCCAUCCUCAAAUAAAGAAAGAGAAGGUUCUACAAUGGGAAAAUGACAAAAUGAAGGAAAGGAAGUUUCUUAAAGAUUUGAUACAGGCUCUGAAUUAACAUAUACCUCAUUUGACUCUUCAAUGGAUUCAAGAAGAGAAAGACUAUAUCUGUCAAGCUCAUUCUUAACUGAAAUUUGGUUAUUUAGAGUGGUGCUGCGAGAUUUAGAUAAAGCAAUAUCGCUCGAUGAAGAGUAAAGCGUAACUUAUUCUAAAUCGAGCUUUAAAACUACAUUUAAUUACUUACAAUCAUUGCUAAAACGGGUUUCUUUCUUCUUUUUUU